AAUUGAAUCGCAUUGGAUCGAAGUCCCAUGAUUUCUACCCAGCAUCAGACUCACUGGGAACCACCAAAACCCAACAGUGUCUUGGCGCAGCGAGUAGGGUUUGAAAUAUCCUUCAGGAUCACGACCUACAAUCAAAUUAGAGGGAAAGAAAUCUUCGGCAGUCCAUGUGGCAAGAUGGACUCGAUGGGAAAUAAGCUUGCUAAUGCCUUCAGUACAUCUGCAACGAGCAUCAUCGCUAAACCCUGCCACCCUCAUUUCUAGCCCAGAUGAGGGACACCUGCAUCAUGGUUGCCUUAAGGUAGAGCCCAUGGAUCUUCCAUUGGUAAAAGAAACUAAAAUACCUGAUGCUCCUUGCCUAUACGUGGAUGGUUCUUCCUUCUAUGUCAACGGCAAGCGACACACAGGAUGGGCUGUUUGUACUCAAGAUGGGCAGCUGGUGGCGCAUGGCAGUUUACCUGCCCAAGUAGCAGAACUACAAGCAUUAAUUGCAGCAUGUGAAGCUGCGGAAGGUCAUGCUAUAAACAUAUAUACUGAUUCUAGAUACGCGUUUGGGGUUGUACAUGAUUACGUUAACUUGUGGGUAAAUCGAGGAUUCCUGACAAGUACAGGAUCCCCAAUACAAAAUGGAGGGAUAGUGCAGAAACUUCAUGCAACCAUGCAGAAACCUACUGAAGUAGCAGUAAUAAAAGUAAAGGCCCAUACAAAAGGGACAGAUCCUCAUAGCAAGGGGAACCGAAGGGCAGAUGAACUAGCUAAACAAGCAGCAGUGGAAAGUAAAGAGACCCAAUUAAUAGCUGCAACACAGCCUCUCAUAAAAACCCCAAACUUUUUUGAAUUACAGGACAUUCAUCACGCUGCACCGAGGGCAGAGAAGUGGUUAUGGAUGGAUAAUGGGGGCAAACUGUGUGAUGAUAACACUUGGAGAGGUCCAGGGAACACAUUAGUGUUACCAAAUGUGCUAAUGGGAACUAUGAUACAAGUGUAUCACAUGUUGGGACAUGAUGGAGCACGGAGGGUGAUUCACAGUAUGUCAAACACCUGGUGGCACCCUAAGCUUAAUGCAAACGUGCAUGAUUAUGUGAGAAGGUGUGUAACGUGUGCUCAAUGUAAUUCUGCUCCCACAGUGAAAGUGAGAAUGCGACAUCAGCCAAGACCAACACAGCCCUUCGAGCAGUUACCAAUAGAUUUCAUUGGUCCCCUGCCAAGGUGCAGAGGGAAAGAAUAUGUUCUGGUGAUCAUGGAUCACUUUACUAAAUGGGUAGAAGCUUUCCCAGUGGCCAAGGCCACUGCAGCUGAUGUAGCUAAAGUAUUAAUGUAAUUACCUGGGGAGGAGUCAUUGGAUCAGUUGUAAAUGCCAUCACUCAAAUCUAAUACUAGGGACUGGGUUAAAAUUUGUUAGUAGCAGGAAUGACAGUUUACUGUGGUAAAAGUGGGGUUCACAUCUAAUCAAGUUAGAUACUACCUUAACUCAGCAACAGUUGGUCAGGUCCUCACUGCUGUACUCAGCCAUCUAUUGAGAACUUCUAAAAUGUAUGAGCAAGCAUUGGUCUAGGCAUGUGGAAAAAUUGUGUUAUCUUCCUGGCAUGGUAACAUCCUGGUGUUCAACAUGAAAGUUGCAGCCCUGCUAGGAGACUCACUCGUGCCACAAGUGCCAUGUUGGGUGACAGCUGUGGUUCUUGAGAACUGAACGUCUUCACCUUGAAUGGUGGCAGGGGAGUGGUCCCUAUCGAUAACAGGGGUAUGUUGAGAUGGUCAUUGCAUCCUUGAAGGGAUGUUAAUUCCUGAACUGGAGGCUCAGCCAGGGCACCCACUUCCUUUCGCAUGUCACAGACACCUGUGUAACAUAAGGGCCGGAGAUAACUACAUGGC